UGGAGAGGGCCAAAUGUGAACUGCGUUGACAGUACUGGAUACACUCCACUGCACCAUGCUGCUUUGAAUGGUCAUAAGGAUGUGGUGGAAGUUCUGCUGAGGAACGAUGCAUUAACCAAUGUAGCAGACUGUAAAGGCUGUUACCCUCUUCACCUGGCAGCUUGGAAAGGAGAUGCAGACAUAGUGAAGCUCCUCAUCCACCAGGGACCUUCACAUACUAAAGUGAAUGAGCAGAACAAUGACAACGAGACAGCGCUGCACUGCGCCGCGCAGUACGGCCACACAGAGGUGGUGAAGGUCCUUCUGGAGGAGCUGACCGACCCCACCAUGCGCAAUAACAAGUUUGAGACUCCUCUGGACCUGGCCGCGCUCUAUGGGAGGCUGGAAGUCGUGAAGAUGCUCUUGAACGCUCACCCCAAUCUUUUAAGCUGCAACACUAAGAAACACACUCCCCUGCACUUGGCAGCUAGGAAUGGUCACAAAACUGUAGUCCAUGUCCUCCUGGAUGCUGGCAUGGAUAGCAACUAUCAGACUGAAAAAGGCAGUGCUUUGCACGAAGCUGCUUUGUUUGGCAAGACAGAUGUGGUACAAAUAUUGCUGGCUGCAGGUAUUGAUGUGAACAUAAAGGAUAACAGAGGCCUGACAGCUCUGGAUAUUGUGAGGGAGCUUCCUUCUCAGAAAAGCCAACACAUAGCAGCUCUCAUCGAAGAUUACACAAUUGGGAAGAAAAGUGCCAAAGCUGCAGAGAAGACUGUUCAAGCACCGCUUGUUCCAGCUGCUGAUCCUGUGUGCCGGAUAUCUCAGGGUGAUGUGGAGAAAGCAGUUACAGAACUGAUCAUAGAUUUUGAUGUGAACCCAGAAAAGGAGAGCCCAUAUGAAGCUUUAUACAAUGCAACGUCCUGCCACUCCCUGGACAGCCUUGCCAGUGGGAGAUCUUCAGAUCGAGAGUCUGUGAAUAAGGAAGCGGAAUCAACUGGUCUCAAAGCAGCAGGAGUCAGGCCUAGAGAACGUCCGCCCCCACCUGCCAAGCCUCCACCUGAUGAAGAGGAGGAUCAGCAAGUGGAGAAGAAGAUAGGCCAUGGUGCUUCCUGUGAGGCCUCUGUUACACGAGGAAAGAGCAGGGGAAGUGGAGCUGAGGAAGAGGAACACCCUUACGAGCUGUUGCUUACAGCAGAAACUAAAAAGCCCGUUGCGGUGGAUAGGAAAACAAAAGACCACAGGAGGAGCAGUGGCAGCCGCAGCCAGGACUCUGCCGACGGCCAGGACAUCCAGGUUCCAGAGCAGUUUUCAGGGUUGCUUCAUGGUUCUUCCCCGAUCUGUGAGAUAAGUGAGGACCCUUUCAGGCUUGUUUCCUCCACGGAGAAAGGAGGCACAGAAGCUACAAGCCACCCACCUGCUAUGCAGCUGGAGGAUGCUGACUUACCUGCUUCUGGAUCAGUACGGACCAGCUCUCCAGACCAAAACCAGAAAGUGGUCUACGCAACCAUCCAGCACGCGCACGUCAACCGGGCGGAUCCUGAAACUGUAGUCACGCCCCACGUGCUACAGCACCCCGGCGGUGCUGAGGAAGAGGGGGACAGAGCUGUGGGUAGAGCCCACCCAGGGAGCAAGCCCAAAGCUGAGCUUAAACUCAGUCGCAGCUUGUCCAAAUCGGACUCCGAUCUUCUGACCUGCUCUCCAACAGAGGACGAUGCCAUGGGGAGCCGAAGUGAAUCGCUCUCAAACUGCAGCACUGGGAAGAAGAGGCUGGAGAAGUCCCCCUCCUUUGCUUCAGAGUGGGAUGAGAUUGAGAAAAUCAUGAGUUCUAUCGGCGAAGGCAUUGACUUUUCUCAGGAGCAGCAGAGGAUCUCAGGUUCGCGGAUGCUGGAGCAGAGUGUCGGGGAGUGGCUGGAGUCCAUUGGCCUGCAGCAAUAUGAGAGUAAGCUGCUUUUGAACGGCUUUGAUGAUGUCCGCUUCCUGGGCUGUAAUGUCAUGGAAGACCAGGACCUUCGGGACAUCGGGAUCGGUGACCCACAGCACCGUCGGAAGCUCCUCCAGGCCGCUCGCUCCCUCCCGAAGUUGAAACCCCUGGGCUGUGAUGGGAACAGCCAGCCUUCAGUUCCCGCAUGGCUCGACUCUUUGGGGCUGCAGGAUUACAUUCAGUCCUUCCUCUCGAGUGGCUACAGCUCUAUUGACACUGUGAAGAACCUCUGGGAGCUUGAAAUAGUAAACGUGUUGAAAGUGAAUCUGCUCGGCCAUCGGCAGAGGAUCAUCGCNUCCCUGGCAGACAGACCGUAUGAAGAGCCACCAGCAAAGCCACCGCGGUUCUCGCAGCUGAGAUGCCAGGACUUGAUGUCCCAGACAUCAUCACCCCUGAGCCAGAAUGACUCCUGCACGGGCAGAUCUGCCGAUCUCCUGCUGCCCUCCGGGGAUACCGGGAAGAGGCAACACGACCGUGGCACCGAGGUUGCUCCCUACUCCAGAGCUGAGCGCUACAAAGCACAGGAGGACCGUCGGGAGUCAAAACUGACCCUGCGCCCCCCCAGCCUGGCUGCCCCAUACGCCCCAGUCCAAAACUGGCAGCACCAGCCAGAGAAGCUCAUCUUCGAGUCCUGCGGGUACGAGGCCAACUACUUGGGCUCCAUGUUGAUCAAAGACCUCCGAGGGACGGAGUCUACGCAGGACGCCUGUGCCAAGAUGAGGAAAUCCACAGAGCAUAUGAAGAAGAUCCCAACCAUAAUUCUGUCCAUCACAUACAAAGGGGUGAAGUUCAUCGAUGCCUCUAACAAGAAUGUCAUUGCUGAGCACGAGAUCCGGAACAUCUCCUGCGCUGCUCAGGACCCCGAGGAUCUCUGCACGUUUGCCUACAUCACCAAGGACCUGCAGACCAGCCACCACUACUGCCAUGUCUUCAGCACCGUGGAUGUGAACCUGACGUACGAGAUCAUCCUCACGUUGGGGCAGGCAUUCGAGGUCGCCUACCAGCUGGCCCUCCAAGCCCAGAGAGCGAAGCCUCUGGGUGCUGCAGCAGGAGAAAUGAUCGAAACAAAAUCUUCCAAACCGGUGCCUAAACCGCGAGCCGGCAUGAGGAAAUCUGCACUGGACCCCCCUGAAGUGGACCAAGACUCCCAGUCUCAUGCCAGUGUCUCCUGGGUCGUGGACCCCAAACAGGACUCCAAGCGGACCCUCAGCACUAAGUAUGAGACCACUAUCUUCUAA